GUGGUUGGACAACAAUUUUCUUUGUGAUGAACACAAUAACACAACGUUUUGCGACGAGAAAAAAAUUAAUACUACUGUACAGUUUUAAUGUGCUUUAAAAAUAAAAUUUAAAAAGUAUGUAGGCAUAGUAAAUAUUAAAUAUACAGCAGCAAAAAGAAUCUCCAAAGGCUGUUAAUGCGUAAUAAAUUUUACAUAUUGCCUGAUAAACAUUGUGUAUUUUAAAAUCAAAAUUAAUUUAAACAAUGUGGUCACAUCUGGAACGUGGAAGCUCUCCGGUGGAUUGGUGUGAAUCAAAUUAUUCCAUAUCUCCUUUGAUAGCAGAAUUCGUUAACACUGUGAGCAAUAUUUUGUUCUUUCUGUUCCCACCAGUGUUGAUUCAUCUUUUCCAAGAAUAUUCAAAAUUCUUCAAUCCUGCUAUCAAUGUAUUAUGGGUUCUGUUGAUGAUUGUUGGACUUAGUUCAGCUUAUUUUCAUGCAACUUUGAGCUUAGUGGGUCAGUUAUUAGAUGAACUUGCAAUAUUGUGGGUAUUUAUGGCAGCAUUUGCUAUGUUCUUGCCUAAAAGAUAUUUUCCGAAAUUUUUGGGAGGAAACAGGAGAAUACUUGCACUGUACUCCAGUGUAUUUUCGGUCAUGUCGACUGGAUUUCUCGUAAUGCAUCCAGCAGCUAAUGCGUUCGCAUUAAUGACACUAGCUUUACCCGCCAUGGGAUUCUUGUGCAAGGAAUUGACCAGAGUUAAAUGCGCUCGUGUGUACCGUCUCGGACUACGGUGUGUCGCUAUCUGCUUCCUCGCAAUGUUCUGUUGGAUUAUCGACCGUGUGUUUUGCGAUGCUUGGCUCUCUAUCAGCUUCCCUUACAUGCACGGAAUCUGGCAUGUACUAAUAUUCAUCGCCAGUUAUACAGCACUCGUGCUUUUCGCGUAUUUCAAUGUCUCCGAGGAAAGGCCCGAACAAAAACCUCAAUUGAAAUAUUGGCCGAGAAAUGACUUUGAAUUAGGCAUACCUUAUAUAACCAUAAAGCAUCCUUGCAAAAAAGAUUAUAAUAUAGCAAUAUAGUAUUUUUCGGUAUUUGUCUUGAUUUAUUAAAAUUUAUUGUGUGUAAUGAUAGUUGAAUGUUUUGUGAUAGCAAAUUAAUAGUGAUUUAUGAGAUCUAAUUAGGAAAAGAACAUGUAUAUUUAUUCCUAAUUUUAGAUGUCUUAGUCUAACCAAAGGAAAAGACGCACAUUGUAUUUGUAUCGAGCGAUAAGACUGUGCUGAUUGAUGUUAAUAUCUCGCAGAUAGUUACCAAUUUCUCCAAGGAAAUAGACACGUAAUACAUGUUCCAGAGUGACUUUUUACAUGUGAACCCGUACGGGUGGGUUCCACUGCCUAUUAUUACUGUUGCGAAGCAUGAAUACCGGUUAAUCGUGGUUGUAUGGCAUCGCUUGUUAUUAAUCAUAAUAAUAAAUAGGUAAAAUAAAAGUGUCAGGUUUAUAUAAACACGUCGUAAAUAAAACAAAUUUUGUAUAUGUAAAGGAACUAAUCUGUGAUUUGUUGUGUAAUAUUUGUGAUAAGUUCGUAUUAUCUGUUGUAAUUAGGAUCUAAGGAGAACACAACAUAGUGCAACAUUUUCGCCAUACCAAUGUAUACUCUAUCCGUCCGCUAUGCCAACAAGAUGAAUAACAUGCUAAUUACAAACCGAUCACGAUUUCAUCUCCGCCCUUCAAGGAGAGAAUCACUACGAUUUUAUUACCCAAUUACUGAGAUACACAAAUAACAAUACUCUACUUGACUAUUGACAAAAUGUGCUUUUUUUAUAUAGCUGUUUGGCCGCCUUUGGAUCCCCUUGUGUCCUUCGCUUACAACAAGACAAGUUUAGUUUGUAACCCUCGGUAGGUCCUGAAAUAAAGCCAUUGCCUGAACGACUCUUCAAACGUGUCGUCAGUUAUUUGUAUUGACGAAAUAACAAAGUCUGUCUAUGGCGGUUGUUCCGGCAUUCCACUAGUCUCGGUGUUAUCAUGGUAGUCCUCAGAGCGAAUUGGACCUUCAACUUAGAUUUGACCUUGGUCAGUUAAACCCGACCAAAACGUAAGUUUGCAGUUAGGUACAGUACCGAGACAGAUCGACCGACCUUUUUUUCCUUGAAACCAAGAUGCGAGUGAGCUCCAGUUUAAGGUCUCAACAUGUCAAGGGAGUACUUUUCGUUAGGGUUUGGUUUUAUCUUUUACAAAUAGCAGGCUAUAUUGUAUCGAGUACUGAUGUCCUGUGCACCUUUUUUAUUGUUUCCUACAAACGAAAACACUAAACUUUAUUGAUUGGAGCCAUAAGGAUUGCGAACAUUGGAGAUUCCAUAUUCCAAGGUAAACGCUUUGCAUUUUCAGAGAUCAAUUAUCUACUGUACUAUCAGAUAGUGGAAUGUAUUGCACUUCGUGGUGUUUUCGGUGUUUGAACGCUUGUUCAGAAGGGCUUUAGAAAGUUCUUUACUGUAGAUGAUAUCGGGCAUUGUUCUUGUGAUUGCUAGUGACCGUGAGUGAUGGUAACCACUUUUUAACUAACAUUCAUAUUAAACCAUUGCAUGAUUAAUCUAAACUUGUUAAACGGACCAUAGUUAUAGGUGUAGGUGAGGAUAAUUUUAUUUAUUCAUAAAAGUAUUAUUUAUACAUAGUUUAAAUUAGAUAUAUAAACAAUUUUAUAUUGGUAUGUAUGUAAGUAGUUGAGUGUUAAUUAAAUUGUUUCUGAAAAUGUUGUAUAAUAUAAUCGAUGUAUAAAUUUUGUUCCAAAACACAUAUUUGUUUAGCGUAAUGUGUAGGCAACUGUUUUGAAAUUGUUUUGUUGACGCUGUAUUAAUAUGAAAACUUGGAUUUUUUGAGAAAAUGACAUAUUGAAAUAAGUUUAGAAAAAUUUGUUUUUUCAAGGAAUCAGACUUUUUUGGCAAGUUGACAACAUUGGUAUGUAUGCAAUGAUAUUUUAUAUUAUGUAAAAGGAAGCAGAUAUGUUUCAAGCGCACGUCAAGUGAAGACUCCAAAACAGGCCAAUUGGGACGUUUCGUCUUUAGUCG